CGAGCCCACUUUUACUGCAGCUGGGUCGCUUUCGGCUCGGCCUCUCGCGCAACCCAGGCCAUCUGCCCCGUAAAACGACAGCUAAGCCACGACGGUUUCAUGUGUUAUAUCACCCCGCUCUCGAAGUGGCUCGAUUAGGAUUAAGUGGCAAUGCCUGUGCCUUGCAAAGGAGGGCUGAUCGGCCGAAAAGAGAUCCACCCCUUUCUUUAUUGCCAGACUAUAUCAUGCUCAAGAGCUCAGACCUCUUAAAGAAACAGCCGUCUCCGGCGUGCCAGAAUGAUGGAGAAUGAAGUCUUUGCCUCUUUCGUUUUCUUCGCCACCCUUCUGAUCCUGAAAAUGUACGCAGUGGCCAUUAUUACGGGGCAAGUGAGGCUUCGGAAAAAGGCAUUUGCCAAUCCUGAGGACGCUCUGAAACAUGGUGGCCUGGAGUUCUACAGAGAAGACCCCGAUGUGCAAAGGUGUCUCAGAGCUCAUCGAAACGACAUGGAAAACAUCUACCCGUUUUUGUUCAUCGGGUCUGUCUAUAGCUUCCUGCACCCCAAUCCAGUUGUGGCUUGGAUCCACUUCCUGAUUUUCUUCCUUGGCCGGAUGAUCCACACCGUGGCUUAUCUUCUCCAGCUGAGAGCACCCAUCCGAUCGGUGGCCUACAGCGUGGCUCAGAUUCCGUGCUUCUCCAUGGCCCUACAGAUCAUCAUCUCAGUUAUCAAACAUUAGUGAAAGUCGGUGACCUUCGUCCCCAGCGGCUCUUGGGUGAUGGAAAACUGAGAGAAUGUGAAGGAUGGCAGAAGUCCAAGCAGAGGGAAUAAAUAUUUCAUCUUAAUGCUGGGUUAUCGUUAGCUAGUUUUGCCUUCUCUCUCUUGGGUGGAAAGGGACUACAUUUGGUGGACUUCUCAUCUCCUUGUCUCUAGUUGUAAGCUGUGGAUAAGCUGUGGAUUAUAAUUCUGUAAGGUCUGAGCUUGAUUUGGAGUGAUUUAAGAUGUGGGCAUGCCCAGAACAUUAGAACUUGAGUGGGUGUGUAUGAAAGGAGGAUUUCUUCUGCGUAAAUUGAGGUAUGAAAUAUUUUUUCGUCUUGAUGGCCACCUCACCUCAGGGGAAACAUUUGGGGUCCCCAUUCCAGCUAUGACUUUGUUCAGAGCCCAACGUAUGCUGAGUUAUGAAUGUGACUCUUAAUCUUCACACCGUCUGUCAUCGAAGAAACAAAAAACAUUAAAAGAAAUUUGU